CCUUCGCUUCUCGCCUUGAGACACGUGUGUAAUAAAAACUUCAAUUUUUAAUACAAAUUCACUUCAUUUUCGAAGAAUUCAUCCACAUUUUCAUUGCAAAAAGAAACGUAACGCAAGAUAAAACAAAAAUCGAGCAAUGGGCGACAGAAGCAGCGAUUCCGAAAGCGAAGAACCCACGAUAUCCGAAGAUGUUGUUGUCACCAAAUAUAAAAUGGCGGGCGAUAUGGCAAACCGUGUCUUGGCACAAGUACUGCAAGCCACAGUAGCUAAUGUGACAGCUCGGACAUUGUGUGCCAUGGGUGAUUCCUUGAUCACCGAGGAGACUGGUAAAGUUUUUAAAAACAAAAAAGAUAUGAAAAAAGGAGUUGCAUUUCCCACAUGUGUCUCAGUGAACAACUGCGUUUGUCAUUUUACACCAUUGACCACCGACCCAGACAUAGAAAUAAAAAAUGGUGAUUUAGUGAAAAUAGAUCUAGGUGUCCAUAUUGAUGGUUAUGUUGCAGUUAUCGGACAUACCAUUGUUGUCGGAGCAAGCAAGGACAACAAAAUUAAAGGCAGACAAGCAGAUGUUUUAUUAGCAGCAUAUCAUACGUCAGAACUUGUACACAGGACUGUGAAACCAUCGGAAGAGAAUUAUACAAUCACGGACUACAUACAAAAAGUAACUGAGGACUUCAACUGUAAGCCUAUAGAAGGAAUGCUUUCGCACCAGUUGAAACGAAAUGUUAUUGAUGGUGAAAAGUCCAUCAUUCAAAAUCCCAACGAAGGACAAAAAAAAGAACACGAGAAAUGCGAGUUUGACGUUCACGAGGUGUACGCUAUCGAUAUUCUUGUCAGUACUGGGGACGGAAAAGCGAAAGAGAAAGACACGAGGACCACAGUGUAUAAACGAACGCCUAAUAUGUACAGUCUAAAAAUGAAAACAUCUAGAGUGUUUUUUAGCGAAGUUUGCAAUAAAUUUACAAUGAUGCCUUUUACACUGAGGGCUUUCGAGGAUGAGAAGCAAGCAAGGCUAGGUGUUGUAGAAUGUGUGAAACACGGUCUGCUUGAGCCAUAUAAUGUCCUAUGGGAGAAGGAAGGAGAAUAUGUUGCCCAAUUUAAGUUUACUUUACUAUUGAUGCCAAAUGGACCUAUCAGGAUAACUCAAGGGCCACCACUAGACAUGGACACCUUUGAGUGUGAAAACUCUAUUAAGGACGAAAAUAUAAAGUCAAUCCUAGCAAGUUCUGUGAGUAGGAAAGCACAGAAGAAGAAAAAGAAAAAGGCGACGGGGAAAACAGCCGAAGGCACAAAGGAGGAAAAAGAUACAACUAAAUAAUGGCGUUGGAUAGCAAGUCAUGGGGACACCAGGCUUUCUCUUUGUAGUGCAAAUAAUAUGCAAUAAAGUGUACAUAAAAAUGUGA